UUCAACAAUCCUGCAGAUUUGAGGAUUUCACGAGGUCAGAUCCGCGAGUGUCAUUCUGAGCUUGUGAUCUCGACGAAGCUGCAAUCAGCUCGGAACGCCGUCGUUGCCCGUCAUGGCAACUGUACAGUCCUUGGGGAUUGUUGCUCCUUCCAGUGCUGCUUUCAGGAAGAAUGUCAGAGGAGUGGAAAAGCAAGUCUCAUCGAGAGCUCGAGUUUGCGGAGGUGUCGAUUACAGGGGAGUGGCCUUUCAAGUUCAGAGAGGAGUGUCGCGCAUUUCUGCCGUGAGCACGGAGGCAGCGGAGUCGUCAGAUGUGGCUGAGCUCGUGAAAGCGAGGAGGGCAGUGCAGGACCAGACAUUGGACGGACAAAUCUUCUCGAUAACUGAGAUAGACACCGUUGGGACGAAGGAAUGGCAUCCUGCAGUUGUCGCUAAUGUCCAGGAGGUGGCCACGGGUACCCGCUGCAUCACUCUCACUGCCGAAUGCUCGAGAGAGCAAGUGAAACUUGAACAUGCGUACAUGAAGGCUGGUCAGCUUGCUCAGGUCAGGAUUGGUGAAGAGCUCCUGACAGGAGUCGCAUGUGCAAGUCCACCUUUUUCUGAAGAAGUAAACGCACCCGUUUUGUACAAAAUCAGAGGAGACAUUCCGGCUGGAACAACAAAAUUACCUCAAUAUUCUUUAGCUGCGAAGGCACCUAUCGAUCUUCAUGUGACGGAAGCGGAUUCAGCUUCACUGUACAACCUGAAAGCUGGAGAUGAAGUCGAGUUGGGACCUUUUAGCCAAACAGGAUUAGAUCUGAGACCGAUUCUGUUCCUCACCCGUUACUCCACCCAGAUUAUCUUCGCCCAAGGCAAAGGAAUAGCUGUUGCCAGGGCCAUUAUGGAAUGCAGAGAUGGAGACAACGGCUCCCUGAACUUGGGACUCCGGGAAGACGUCCGACUUUACUAUGAAGCUCCCAACCCAAGCUCUCUGGCAUACAAGGACCGAUAUGGGCUCUGGGAACGCAAGAGAGCCAAAGUAAGAACCGUCGUCGAGAGUACGGACGGUGAAAACUGGGAUGGAAUUGUAGGAACUCUUAGCACAUUGUGGGACGAGGAUGACAUUGAGUACGAUCCCAUGACGACCGGUGUGGUCGUCUGCGUCGAGAGCUCCAAAAGAGAAGAAAUGAGGACUCUUCUCGCGGAAGCCGGCAUUCCAGACGGGCAGAUCGUUACUUGGUCAGUUGAAAUCUGAACUUGUUUAUUAUAGUCACGCCGUGCUUCUAUACAGGGGAUUUUCAUACCCUUCUCUAACGAAGAAGACUGCUUAGUACACUGCGGAGGGAGACUUUACCUGCUCCAGCGCCACACCAAACCCUGCUAAGCGUACAUCAUCUCGAAGAAUGUUGUAAUGCCCAGCAACGCAUGCUCAGACUUCUUCUUUGAGGUCACCAAUCGAGUUUCGAAAGCCCGUCUGAGCGAGAAGAGAGAUGAUAUUAAUGAAGACCACCUCGAGGUUGAACUCAUGGUCUUCUUCUUCUUUUUUCUUUUCUUCGUCACUCUUUCCCUGUAGCACAUAUAUACCGCAUAGAGCUUGGGUUUCUGGAUGCCCCUUGUUAGACCCAGAAAGCCGUAUUAGAUAUGUUCUAGUUGUGCACUUCGUAGAGGUUCUCGACUUUUCAGACACGCAAAUCAUGUAAAGUUCCAAUUUGCGUCGAAAACAGAAAUGAUCAAGAAAAUUCUUGGGUGACGUUUUAGUUUACAAAUUGGACUUUCUUUAAAACGACUAUUGUUUUCAUGUUGCAAUGCCGUUGAAAAGAAGCAUACCUAGUAGUAACCAAACUUUUCUCAACAAUAAAGAUUAGAGCGUGAAGAUGCCAUGCAAGCUCUCC